UUCCGCUUCUCUCCCAGCGAGAGAGACACGAGUGGCCAGGCCCAGCCGCACCGAGGAGGAGCAGCCAGACACAAAGGGAGAGGUUGGGGUGUGUGGUGGGGGGGUCGCUAUGUCGGAUGACGAUUCGAGGGCCAGCACCAGCUCCUCCUCAUCUUCAUCCUCCAACCAACAGACAGAGAAAGAGACAAGCACGCCUAAGAAGAAGGAAAGCAAAGUCAGCAUGAGUAAAAACUCUAAGCUGCUAUCUACCAGUGCCAAGAGGAUUCAGAAGGAAUUGGCUGACAUCACCUUAGAUCCACCUCCCAACUGCAGCGCUGGCCCCAAAGGUGAUAACAUCUACGAAUGGAGAUCAACCAUUCUAGGACCUCCUGGUUCAGUCUAUGAGGGAGGUGUUUUCUUCCUUGACAUCACAUUUACACCAGAAUAUCCUUUCAAGCCUCCAAAGGUAACGUUUCGGACCAGAAUCUACCACUGUAAUAUUAACAGCCAAGGCGUCAUCUGCCUGGACAUUUUAAAAGACAACUGGAGUCCAGCAUUAACCAUUUCUAAAGUUCUCCUCUCCAUCUGCUCCCUCCUCACAGACUGCAACCCGGCUGACCCCCUGGUUGGAAGUAUUGCCACUCAGUAUAUGACUAACAGAGCAGAGCAUGACAGAAUGGCCAGACAAUGGACCAAAAGAUACGCUACAUAAAUUGGAUUUUCGUCA